ACAGCGGCCGCUGGCUGCAUUGGAGCCGCCGCUGCGACAAUGAGCACAAGCCGCUUAUAAACGCCAAACAUUUGGAGGUUUUUUCAUCCUUAUCAGCCAUGAUCCGGAGGAGACGCGCUUCUACCGGAUGAGCUCUGCGGCGUCGUCGUCGGGGGGACAGAGGAGCGUGACGGGAGAAUCAUAACAGGAGCUCAACCCACAGAUGAGAACAAUGUCGGAUGAGGCAGAACAGAGAACGUGUGAUGAGGAUUUUGGUUCUGAGGAAGAGGAGGGCGAGGAAGGAGACGUGGAGUCCUACCUGGAGGACAACAGCAGCGAGCUCAUGGACCGACUCCGAGAGCUGGAGGCGGAGAACUCUGCUCUGAUGUUGGCGAAUGAGAGCCAGAGGGAAGCUUAUGAACGUUGCUUAGAUGAGGUGGCCAAUCAUGUGGUCCAAGCUCUGCUUAAUCAGAAGGAUCUGCGGGAGGAGUGCAUCAAGCUGAAGAUGUUGGUGUUUGACCUGGAGAGACAGAACCGCGCGCUCUGUGAGCUCUUCCAGCAGAAGCUGCCCAACCAUCCCACCACUCACUACCAGGUCCAGGCGGGACCCCUCCCAGACUACAAUGCACAGCUGCACAAUGACUCGGCCAAACAGGUGGAGCCGGCCCAGACUGAAGCACAAGCCAAGGGAAAUGGCUUCCACACACAACAUGCCUCCCCGGGCCCCCGUGGCCCCGCCGCCUCCAUGGAGGCCCUGUCUCCAUUCUUCAAGAAGAAAGCGCACAUCCUGGAAGUCCUGCGCAAAAUGGAGGAGACGGACCCCCUGAAGUUCCACCCGUCCACCACGAGCUUGUCUUUCUGCGACUACAGCCAGGUGCUGAUGUCAACAGAGGCUGUUCUUGCCACCGCAGACCCCCACCCGGUCCAGUGCAAGUCCCACCACACACACUGUCACUGCUCCUGCAGCGACGCUGACGCACACCAGCACGUCAACGGCGACGGCGCGGUGAAGUGUGAGGGAGCAAGCACGUGCUGUUUACACUGCAAAAGGAGUCCGGACAGCGCUCCGAAGCCAUGCAACCAUGUCUGUAGUCCAUCAAAAGCCAGCUCCUCCACCCAGAGUCAUGCUCCUGCAGCCACAACGAGCGAAUGUCACAGUAAGACCCGAGCAGGAGAGUCCAAGCAAUGUGCCGUCAACAAGGGCCACCAGCAGCCAGUAGGCACCUCCGCCCACUCAGUCACAGAGACAGCUCAGGCUCUGGAGGUGGCCAGAGUGGAACAGGACAGCUCUGAAAGUGGUGUGUCUGAGGAGCUGACUGGUUUCUGUGGCACCUCCAAUCUGCCCAGUUCUGUAGAGGAGAGCGUACAGAUCACUCACUGUAAUGCGGAUACAAGCAGCAGCAUUCACAACGGCUUGGGGCAUUCGUCCAGCACCGCGCUGAUUGACCCCUCCACUAUCCCCGAGAGAGACCUCACAGACCAGGAAGCUUCCUCAGUCCGAGCCGGUGCAUCCGUCAGUCCGAGCCCUUCUUGUCUCAGUGAUGUCAAAGCUGCGGCCAUCAACUCCCCGUCCAAGCUGCUCAAGUUCUUGAAGAUCCCGUCAAUAGGGGACAAGGCCCAGCCACCAACCACGGCAGUUCGUCUGAGCCCACAGCUCACACGCAACUCCAGAAUCCCAUGUCGCACCAACAACUAUGAGGUGUACCACUCUCCGGUUCCUUCCCGCAGAGCCACCACCACGGAGAGGUGCAAGCAGCCCCCACCCCCACCGUCCAGGUCCGAGUCCUACCCUGCUACGCACUCGGCACCGACCUCCCCUCCACAGCCUGAAGAUGUCUGCUCUCUGCCUCCUAAGGAAAUAAGCUACAGCAGUCUCUCUGCACCAAAAACUAGUGACAGCUCAAAGUUGGGAAAUCCAUCUGCUGCGUCCAUGGGUUCACCCAGGGCUUCCCAAAAGGUCCCCCAUUAUGAAAAUGUCUUGGAAAUGUCCGCCAACAGAGAAGAAGAGCCAAGCCAGGGUCUUGAGAAAAGAAGCACUAUUCCAUCUCAAGCAAAGGCAAACGGUGGUGAGAGGAAGCUUGUUAAGUCUUUACCAGAAAGUGUCCUGAAUCCUUCUCCUCAGCGAAAGCAGUCAUCUUCGUCUACGUCGGAGUCGACGUCUGAUGAUGAAGAGGAUUCAGACAGUCCAGUAUGGGUCAACCAUCACAGUUUACCCAACACAGCCGCCCUCAACAAAGCUCAGAGCCAAGCAAGCUACCCAAGAAUAAGAGACAAACAUGAGAUGAACGUAAGGGAAGUCUCUCAGCCUCCGCCGCCUCCGGUCCGAAGAAGCGACUCCUCAUCCAUCCCCAAGAGGCCUAGCUCUGGUGCGGGUAGAACCCAGGCUGACUCCAGUCACCAUGCUUUCAAAGACAGACUGGCGGCACUGGGCAAGCUAAGGAGUUCUGAGGAUUUACAAAUCAGGCCUGUUGACGCAGUGACUGAGGGCGCGCCUGGAGAGGAGAGAAGCAAGAUGGCAGAGAGAUCCUCAGAGGUCCAUAAAGAGGAGCAGAGGCAUUCAAAGUACCAAGACUCUUUAGAUCGUAAACCUAAAAGUAGCAGUGUUGGUCUGACGUACCCGGGUCCAUCUCAGAUGUACGAACAGACCGGGAAAUCUCAAUCAGCAAAACAAGAACUGUGCGUUCCCAAACCUGAGGGCUCCAAGAGCAAAAUUGGGUUACCGUCCCCCAACACAGAUGCUCCCCAGGUUCUACGCAACAACAUCAAGUGUCCUGGCUCCCUGAAUCUGGCUUACAAUGUCAAAAGUGGCCCCCAGAGUAGCAAGAGUCCUAACAAAAUCCCCCCGAAGUCGCCUUCCAAACCUUGCCAAGGCGUAUCUGUCCACCGGGGCGGAAAGCCUUCGGAAACGCCGCGUUACUCAUCGAAGUCAGAGGAGAGGACAAAAAUCAGCGGGAAAGGAAAGAAGAAUCCAAUGUAUGGUGACAGCCUUCCACCUCCUCCUCCGAGACCCCCAACUGAGGCGGAGAAGCCGUUACAGCCGGCUCCCACUCCACAAUCUGCUAUUGAGCAAAAAGUGAUGAAGGGGAUCGAGGAGAACGUCCUAAAGCUUCAGGAGCAGGACCGCGGGGGGCAGAGCAGUGAAGUCAAGCAGAAAGCCUCAAACGGCAUCGCCAGCUGGUUCGGCCUGAAGAAGAGCAAGCUGCCCGCGCUGAGCCGCAAAACGGACGCCACCAAGGCAAAAGACGAGAAGAAGGAGUGGAAGAUAAACAUCCCCUCAGUGGGCAGAGACUCCAAAAUGGCCAGUAGAUGCAAAGAAGGCGUGGAAGGUCUGAACAUCUCGACUCUGAUGGAGAAGGCUGAGGGCCUGAGGAGGGCCCUGGAGGAGGAGAGGGCCUACGUGGAGAGGUCCGGCAGGGGCCACUCCUGUGAGGUGGUGAUGGACCAAGCUCAGGGACAGCUGGCUGUGAUGUACAGAGGGGGGCGCUCUGACAACUUCAUGCAACAGCUGCUUAACAGAGUGGAUGGGAAGGAAGUGAUCAGUCUGCCGCAGCGCCGCCUCUCGUUCGACUGUAAGACCUCCAAGCCGGUUUUCACUCAGCAGACCAGCGUCAUCAGUCACACCACCAGUCAUGACGACAUGGAGAAGGGAUCAGACAGAAUCAGCAAGAUCACAUCAGAUGAAAACCUUGCAGAUUCAGUUCACUCUCAGCACUUUGCAGGUUCCGGUGCUUCCACCUACACCCUGGACAGCGGCAUCGGCACGUUCCCUCUUCCCGACUGCAGCAGCGGAGCCGCGGGUCGGGGCCCGUCCAAGGGGCGGGCGGGGGCCGAGCAUCACUCCGCCGGGUCCCCGGGUCGGUCCGGGCGGCGGGCCCGAACCCUGGACCGGGAGCUGACAUCGCAGGAGGAAUGCUUCACGUCGCACAAGCAGUUGAUUCCCACCAUCCAGUACUGCUCCAUGCUGGAGGGGAGGAGCUCCGCCGGAGUCAUACGUGAAGAUAAAGAGGCACACGGAGCAAACGUGUUCUCUCCUCGCUCCAAGACUUGGACGUUCCCCAAUCUGAAGACUCCAGCCGGACCUGCAGAGGUUUACCUGGCCGUGGAGGAAGAGGAGGAAGAGGAAGACGCAGUAACAUUCGGAUCCCCGUUCAGAGGGAACAUGAAAGCCGGCGGCCCGUCUUCCAGUCGAGUGGUGGACCCGGGCAGCCUGCCCGUCCCGGCCCAGUCCGGGUUGAGCCGGAGGGGGAAGACGCGCGCGCCCAGCGUCCCCGAGAUGAGCCGGGAGGCGGGGCUUGAGCUGCUCAGGGAGCGGCCAGAGGAGGCGCUCUCCCCGAGUCGCCCUCAGGUCCUGGAAACCCCCGAGUCUCUGAGCGACUCGCUGUACGACAGUCUGUCAUCCUGCGGCAGCCAAGGGUGAUGGCAGAGGGGGCCGGCGGGGGGCAGAGGCCCCAUCUGCUCACUCUGAUAAUACAACGGCGUAUUGGGGCCAUUGUAGAUGGAGAAAAUAAAAGGAUAAGUUAAUUUCCACCAAAAAAAAAAAAAAAUCAAAUUUUGAGAUUAAUCUCCGAAAUUGUCUAGAAUAAAUUUGGAAAUUUAUGAGUUUUCUAGAAAAUCUCAGAAUUUUCAAAAAAAAAACAAAAAAAAACCGAACAUUUUCUCAAAUGUCCAAAUUCUUUUCUAGAAAUUUCCUGAGAUUAAUCUAAAAAUGUAUCUGUUUUGUCCGGCAAAGUUUUUGGCUGAAAUGUACUCCUAAUUUUUUUUGUUUUCUCUCUAUUUGGCCUUGACACGCCGCCGUACUGAUGCUGCUCACCUUAAAGAAGAAAAAAAUCGUGCUUUUGCUGUCAUCUGUCAGCUGUUGCAACUGGAAAAGACGGAUCGAUCUCUUCUCCUCAGGAUUUCCAAAACACGUGAAGCCAAAAUAAUUUAGGUUGCUCACUUUUUCACAAUCAGAUUGAACUGUGGACACUUCUCUUGAAUUGAUGUAUACAAGACUUAAAAAAAAAAAAAAACGCAUGGCCAAGCUAAA